AAUUUUGGGUCGAAGCAGAAAUAUUCACCGAAAUAUUUUGAGAAGGUUAUCUGAAUCUUGAAUGGGACAUUCUGAUAGCAUUAUUCCCGGUACUUUCUAUAAACCGUCAAAGGUGUGACUUUUAAAUUGAAAUAUAAUUUUUAAGGUUAUUUACUAAACAAAUUUUGUAUCUUAUGAUAAAGCCAAUUUUAAAAGUUAUUGUCACACACAGUAUAUCAGUUAGUACGUAAGAACGCCUAAGAGUUCACUAUUUCUUUAGCAAAUAUAUUGGGUAACAUGGUAGUUCGAGUUUGAACUAAAAAAAAAAAAUUUUGACUGCUACACUAAUUUUAUAUAAGUUUGAUAACGACAAAUUUUACUGGAAAUCACUAUCAUAGUAAAGAGGAAAAAGAGCAAUGAACAUGAACAAAAUUAAGGAACAAGACUUAGCUUGAGCUAUAGCCUAUAGCUCUUAUAAGUUAAAAUACAGUAUACUGUAAGUCUACUCACUGAAUUAAUCACCUCACUACUAUAUGAAUUUUCAAUAGUGGAUAGUCAUUUUGACCAUGUUUGCGGUGUGCCUUAUACUGCCUUACCAAUUGCUACUUUGCUCAGUGUUAAAGUUAAAAAAUCAAUGUUGAUGCGUCGCAAGGAAACAAAGUCAUAUGGUACAAAAAAACUAAUAGAAGGACACUACAAAGUAGGUGAAAAAUGUCUAAUAAUUGAGGAUGUAGUUACAUCAGGUUCUAGUGUUAUGGAGACUGUUACUGACUUGAGGAAAGAAGGCCUUAAAGCAGAAGAAGCAAUUAUUAUUUUAGAUAGAGAGCAAGGUGGAAGGCAAAACUUAGAAGCAAAUGAUGUUAAAAUGAAAUCCUUGCUAACAAUGUCAAAGUUGAUAGAAAUACUUGUUGAAAAUAACAAAAUAAAUAAGGCAACAGCCAAUGAUGUAAAAAAUUACUUACAAAAUGUUAAAGCUCCUAAUACAGCUCCAAAAAUGAAUAGAAUGUCUCUAACUUAUGAAAAGCGAGCAGAAAUGUCAAAAAAUGCUAUUGCAAAGCAGCUGUUUAAUAUAAUGGCUGUUAAGAAGACCAACUUAUGUAUAUCUGUUGACCUUACAUCAUCAACACAAAUUUUAGAACUUCUUGAGAAAGUUGGGAAACAUGUUUGUUUAGUAAAAACACAUGUUGACAUAAUAGAAGACUUUAGUAGUGAUUUUAUUACAUCUUUAAAGGAAUUGGCCAACAAGUAUAACUUUUUGAUUUUGGAGGAUAGAAAGUUUGCAGAUAUAGGAAACACCGUUGCAUUGCAGUACACUGGAGGCCUGUAUAAUAUAACUAAUUGGGCCGACUGUGUAACCUGCCAUUCAUUGCCUGGAGAAGGGAUAUUAAAGGCUCUUAAUAGUAAAUCAAAUUGCGAUAAAGGCGUAUUUUUGCUUGCCGAAAUGAGUUGUGAGGGCAAUCUUAUUACGCCACAGUAUACCAAUGAAACGGUAAAGAUGGCAGAAAAGUAUUCAGGUCUGAUCACAGGAUUUGUCUGUCAGCAUAAAGACACUUUCAAAGAUCCUGGGUUCAUCCAGUUAACACCUGGAGUCCAGCUUCAAAGUUCUAAAGAUGACCUGGGACAAGUGUACAACACUCCUGAAAAGGUAGUAUUGGAAAAUGGUGGUGAUGUCAUAGUUGUUGGUAGGGGUAUAGUUUCAGCCAAAAAUCCAGAAUCAGAAGCGGUAUUAUACAAGGAUACUCUAUGGAAAUCUUACAUUAAGAGAAUAUCUGGUAAAGUGGAAUAAGCUUCCCCCUCUAUGUUAAAACAUUAAGUUGCAGUCACACUCGUCCUAUCAUUUCCCUAUUGACUUGCAAACUGAAGUACCUGGGCAUCUACAUGAAUUUAUGGUGUUUAAUUGAAAUAUGUUUGUUUACAUGUAGAACAAAUAUUGAAGAUUUUGGAUGAAUUUUGUUUUGGCUCAAUUAUAAAAAUGUUUAUUGUUAUUAUAAUUAAGUUUAAUAAUGUGUUGUUAUACGGUCACGUGACAAAAGGCGCUGGAAAGCCAGUAGCGGACACAUUUCCCUUCUUUGAUACAACACACUGAUAAGUAUUGUCAACAUGGCAAGUGAGACAGUCCUUUCACAUAAGUGUCUUACCUUUUCAUAUUGUAUUUAGAAAGAUGUUAAAGAUAUAUUAUAGGGUUAAUUUUGUAACUCAACAAGUAUUAAUAUUGUUACAUGUUAAAGAAGUAAUAUUUAUAUAUACCUAUAUGUACAUAUAUAUAUUUUAAUGUUGAAACUAUCCAUGUCAAUAUGUAUUUAAAGUAUAAAAUUUGAAUACAACAAAUUAGACUUUAAACACAGUUCCUAUUAUGACAGUUAUUUAAUAAGUAACUAUUCAUAAGUAAUCAUUCCAAGUAAUUAAAAGCUUUUACUACUUAAAUAAACCUUAUAUUAUUGUUUUGUAAAACUAUUUUUGGUAAAAAUAUAUUUUCAAACUAAAUA